AUGGGAACAUUAAUUCGAAACUUUCUGCUACUUGCUCUAAGCAGCGUUCUGAUUGUGAGCGAAAGUGCAUCGAAAAGUCCUCUGCCGGAGAAAAGCUCGUUUCUAACGGAAGUGAACCCGGAGCGUGCGACUCGAGAAAUCGACCGUACCUAUUUUCUGCCAAGGAAUACCAGGCCUUCGCAUUACUUCAUUCAGCUGUUUACCGAUGUUCAUGAAAAUAAUCUAACGUUCCAAGCUACCACGGAGAUAUAUUUUGAGGUGUUGGAGCUGACUAGAAUAGUGACAAUGAAUCUGCAAGAUUUGAACAUACAAUCAACAGAGUUGUCGAAGGUCGUAGGGUUGGGCCUUCCACAGGUGAUCGAUAAUCCAGAAUUUACAAUCGACACCCGAACUGAGCACGUAGUAUUUACCAGCAAAAGUGAUCUAACUAUCGGAACGUACAUCUUGAAGGUCACCUAUAGUGGUACAAUGCGAAACUACCAGAGCGGAUACUUGGUGUCGUCCUACAGGGACGAAGAUAAUCAAGUGCAGUACGUUGGAUCGACUCAUUUCCAGGCAACUCUAGCCCGGCGAGUGUUUCCUUGCUACGAUGAGCCUGACCUGAAAACCACCAUCACACUCUGGAUUACGCACGAUAAAAACUACAGUGCAGUAUCGAACAUGAUGAUAAGUUCCGUCUAUCCGGAUGAAAGCGAUUCGAACUAUUUGGUGACAAAAUUCCGGACAACCCCGAAGAUGUCCACUUAUCUGCUGGCAUUUGCAGUGACCAAUUUCGCGGCAAAAGCCGCCGACCGACAUCAGGUUAUGGCUAGAAAAAAUGCCUUCGAUGAGGUGGAGUUGGCUUUGGACGCUGGAACGAAGAUAUUGGCCGCACUAGACCAAUACACGGGGGUGCCCUACUACGACUACAUGCCCAAGAUAACGCAGAUCGCCAUUCCGGAUCGGGGUACCGGUGCGAUGGAGAAUUGGGGUCUCGUCACCUACGGGGAACCGGCAUUGCUGUUCAAUUCGGCGCUUAAUAGCUAUCGCAGUCGUAAACGAGUGACGACGGUUAUUGCCCAUGAGUUUGCCCAUCAGUGGUUCGGCAAUUUGGUUAGCCCCAAGUGGUGGGAAUAUAUUUGGCUUAACGAAGGUUUUGCCACGCUGUAUGAGUACUAUGCGGCGACACUGGCUUUUCCGGCGUUGGAGUAUUGGGAGCUGUUCAAUGUGGAAGUUAUUCAGCGGGCGCUCGGUUUCGAUGCCGCCGAAAAUGUCCGCCCAAUGAAUCAUCCUGCGGCUUCGCCGGAUGAAGUUUGGCAUCUUUUUGAUGUAAUAGCCUAUCAGAAGUCUGGAAGUGUUUUAAAUAUGUUCCGUCAAGUUCUUGGUGAUCAAAACUGGCAAACGGGCUUAAAUAUUUACCUCGAAAAGCACAAAUUAAGUUCGGCAACACCGGAUGACCUGUACGUUGCUCUGCAGACAGCCAUCGAAGACAAAAGCGUGCUGCCAGAUGGGCUCACUGUCAAGUUGCUGAUGGAAUCCUGGACCGAUGCGGCAGGAUAUCCCCUGCUGAAUGUCAAGCGUUUAUACAGAAAUGGUGAUGUGAUCAUAUCACAAGAACGGUUCAUCGCCAACAAACGUUUGCCAAACGAUCACGUUUGGAGCAUACCUUACAACUAUGUAGCACGUAGUGCACCGAGGGCUGCCGAACCCGAGGACGUUCACUGGCUAACCAGCAAGGCUGCCAAACUCACAAUCAAUACACCAGACAACCAGUGGAUCAUCUUCAACCGGGAACAGUUUGGUUACUACCGAGUGAACUAUGACCUGCAAAACUGGAAGCUUAUCAUCGAUGCAUUGCUAACCAAUCCUCUCUCGAUCAGCCGUUCGAACCGUGCUCAACUGAUUGACGAUGCAUUCAACCUAGCCCGUUCGGAACGGUUGGAUAUGUCCGUAGCACUAGAGUUGCUGCAAUACCUACGCUACGAAACGGAAUACGCUCCCUGGGCAGCUGCCAACACUGUUCUGAACUACUUCUACGACAAACUCCUCGGAACGUCCCACUACGCAAAUUUCGGCAAAUUCGUCACCGAAAUCGUCUCCGAAGUGUACAAAACCCUGCAGAUCGACACCGUUUCCCCGGAAGAACCAACUCUUCACAAAUAUCUGAAGCAGACCAUUUCCACCUGGGCCUGCCGUGUCGGCAUCCAAGAUUGUCUCGAUAAAGCGUACACGGCACUAAAGCAGGAAGUUGACGGCGGAACUGCGGUGCAUCCCGAUGUGGCAUCCGCAGUUUACUGUCACGGACUUCUUGACGGAACGUACCGCGAGCUGUCCUACCUGCUUCCGAAGAUGGUCGGCUCAACCAAUCAAGCUCAACGAACGGAACUCAUCAGUGCCGUUGGAUGUUCGAAAGACGAAAACAGCAUAAAAGCAUUGCUGCUAGCGAUUCAGUUGCCGAAUGUAGUCUAUCUGUCUACCGAAAGGACCCAGAUCGUGGAAGCCAUAGUAGGCGGAAGUCUCGAGGGUGUUGCCAUAGCGGUGGAUUAUCUGAUGGCGGAUAAUAACGCAAGACAAUUGCUCAGUGUUCUUGGCGAGGGUGGUUUCAGCAGCAUGCUGACGGGAAUUGCACGCCGAACGAACAACGAGACGCAGCGGCAGAAGCUGGAGCAGCUACUAACAGUGUUGCAGACUGUGGUCAGUGAGGAAACUAUGGAUGCUGUCCGGGAGACUGUCAUUGCUAGCGCAGCGUGGUUCGAUAGUUUGGAGGGACUGGUAGCGGUGGAGUUUUUCGAAAAGUACGAAAAUAGUGUGUAA